UUAAAGUAUGUCAAUUUCCAUGUGGGAAUAUAUUUUCACAAAAAAAGGCGCCUUUUCUUAAGGCCACAUAGAUUGCCAGGCUGGUGCAAUUCACCUAAGAUCUAUCCUAUACAGUCAACUUCCGGCUUUCAAAUUAUUUUAGCUCACUCACUAAAGAUAAACUUUGUUUUCUUUUCCCAGCUUUUUAAAGCAAACUUCACAACUUCAGUGUAUUCGUGGGCAUGCCCUCUUAAUCAAAGCCUGUCAGCUUCUUAGUUUUCUUCUGUUUUCACUUUAACAAAAUUGUAUUUGAAUCCUUUCAUUAAGUUUUGCCACUUUUGAGUAUCAUUCAAUCGAACAAAAUCUACAUGCUGACAACGCCAUCAUUUCAUCUGUUACCACCUGAAUCUCCAUGGUGAGUCCUAGCUUCUCUGAUGCCCACUCCUGUCUCCACCUGGACUUCUCACAGACACCUCAAAUUCUCCAAACCUUGCUUCCCUCUGCCCUCCUGGAGCUUGGCCGUUUUAGCACAUGCACUGCCAUCCUCCUCAAACCUUGAAGCCAUGCUGCCCGACCCAAUUCAUCACGAAUCCCAUCAGCUUCCCCUUCGUGAAGCAUCCAGACUGCAAACAUGCUUCCCGCUGCAUGGCUGCACCCUCGCCCCGUCCUAGACUAGCCAGCAGCCUCCCUUUUGACUUCUCUGGAAUGUUCUGUUCUUCACACAGCAGCCACAGUGAUCCCUUCAGAGCACAAAUCUUUCCAUGUCAAUUCCUGUUCCCUCCAAUAUCUUCCCAACACAGUAGAAAUGAAACACCAGGUUCUUACCUCAGGCUUCAGGUACUGAUACGGUUUGACUGUGUCCCCACCCAAAGCUUGUCUUGAAUUGUAAUUCCCACAAUCCGCACGUGUCGAGGGAGGGACCCGGUGGGAGGUGAUUGGAUCAUGGGGUGGUUUCUGCCAUGCUGUUCUUGGGACAGUGAGUGAGUCUCAUGAGAUUUGAGGGUUUUAUAAGCAUCUGGCAUUUCCGCUGCUUGCACUCGUUCUCUCUGCUGCCACCCUGUGAAGAGGUGCCUUCUGCCGUAAUUGUAAGUUUCCUGAGGCCUCCCCAGCCAUGUGGAACUGGGAGUCAACUAAACCUCUUUUCUUAAAUUACCCGGUCUUGGGUAUUUCUUCACAACAGUGUGAGAAGGGACUAAUACAAAAGGCCUACAUCUGAAAGCAGCAAACUAAAACCCUAGGGCCAAAUCUGGCCCCUUAAUAGCUCUUAUAAAUAAAGCUUUAUUGGCACAAAACCAAGUGUUCAUUCAGGAUUGCCUGUGCUGCCUCUGAUACAACGGUGCUGAGCUGUAGUGACAGACACCGUUUGGCCCUUCCCCCCUUUCUCCCUCCUCCCUCCCUCCCUUCCUUUUCUCCCCUUCCUUCCUUCCAUCCUCCAUCCUUCUCUCCCUCACUCCCUCCUUUUUCUUUCCCUCGUUCCUUCCUGUGUAUUCCACAUACACUUAGAAUAUAAGCUGCAUUGUGACUUUGUCUGUCCUGCCCACUGCUGUGUCCCCAGGCUGGGGCUGUGCCUGUCUCACCUCCAACUCACUACACACGGCAUGGGUGUCACCUUCCACCUUGCACCUGCUGCCUUUACCCUCCAUUCUCUGUCUCCCUAAAUAUCUCCCAGGGCCCUCUGAGCCUUCACUGUUCAUUUCUCUGCCUGGCCUCAAACAGAAAACGUCAGGAGGGAAGCACACAGCUGCGCAGGUCAUGCCCCGAGGCUCCUGCUGCCAACACCUCCCCCAGCCUGGACUUUGGCUGUGUUUGCAGCCCUGUCUCAGUGCUGCGGGUGGGAAUGGCAGGCUGCAUCCCACUGCUCCAGGGCCUGGUCCUGGUCCUCGCCCUCCAGCGUGCGGAGCCCUCAGUGCUCAGUCUUGAGAACAGACGCGGACUCCAUCCUGACUCUGCCUGCACAGGCGUCCAGGAAAGCUUAUUUCUCCCGGCCUCCAAAGCAAAUGACGUUCUGGUGAGGUGGAAGCGUGCGGGCUCCUAUCUCCUGGAAGAACUCUUCGAGGGAAACUUGGAAAAAGAAUGUUAUGAAGAAAUCUGUGCCUAUGAAGAAGCAAGAGAAGUGUUUGAAAAUGCAGUAGUCACUGAUGAAUUCUGGAGACGAUAUAAGGGUGGCUCCCCGUGCAUCUCCCAGCCCUGCCUCCACAACGGAUCUUGCCAGGACAGCAUCUGGGGCUACGCCUGCACCUGCUCCCCCGGCUAUGAGGGCAGCAACUGCGAGCUGGCUAAAAAUGAAUGUCACCUGGAGCGGACUGAUGGGUGCCAACACUUCUGCCUCCCGGGACAGGAAUCCUACACGUGCAGCUGUGCUCAAGGCUACAGGCUUGGUGAGGACCGCAAACAGUGCAUUCCCCACGACCAGUGUGCCUGCGGGGUGCUGACCUCCGAGAAGCGUGCACGGGAUCUACAGGACCUCCCGUGGCAGGUAAAGUUAACAAAUGCCGAAGGAAAAGACUUCUGUGGUGGUGUUAUAAUACAUGAAAACUUUGUACUGACAACAGCAAGAUGUUCACUGUUACACAGGAAUAUUAGUGCAAAAACAUAUUUUAACAGAACGAGCCAAGACCCACUGAUGAUCAAGAUAACGCGUGCUCAUGUGCACAUGCGGUAUGACGCAGACACGGGGGAGAAUGACCUGUCACUGCUAGAACUGGAGCGGCCCAUCCAGUGCCCUGACGCGGGGCUCCCCGUGUGCACCCCUGAGAAGGACUUCGCUGAGCACCUCCUCAUCCCGCGCACUGGGGGCCUCCUCAGCGGCUGGGCACGCAAUGGCACUAACCUGAGCAACUCGCUGACCACACUGCCUGUCACACUUGAGGAGGGGGAGGAGUGCGGGCAGGUCCUGAAUGUGACCGUCACCACCAGGACCUACUGUGAGAGAAGCAGUGUGGCGGCCGUGCACUGGAUGGAGGGAAGUGUGGUCACCAGAGAGCACCGAGGCUCCUGGUUCCUCACAGGGGUCCUGGGCUCGCAGCCAGCAGGAGGGCAGGCUCGCACGGUCCUUGUCACCAAGGUCUCCAGGUACUCACUCUGGUUUAAACAGAUCAUGAACUAACUGAAACUCAGCCAGAAAGAACACAACCUGAAGUGGGAUUCCAAGCUUGCACUGCCACCAUGGAGAGCACUGAAACUUCACCACACGCUUAGAGGCCGUCACAGUCCCGGGCCACCCGCUCAGCCCACGGAGCAGCAGAGCCGCCACUUGCUGGGCUAUUUACCGAGCACUGUGACCUUUCUUUCCCUGGAUCUCUUUAUCUCAAUAGAGACCUUCAGAAAAAACAUGAGAUGCAUUAAAUAAUAAAAUAAGAUAAUCUGUCAGUCAUAAAA